CUGACUACGCGGGGACCCAGACCCAGGCGCCCAGAAAAGUGAAGUGGACCCAGCAGCCCUGCCCCGAGGGACGCUCCACGAGGCGGAGGAACAGGGAGGCCCGACCACAGUUCGCUGUAAUGUGAGCCAGGCUUCGGCGGAAGGGCUGCCAGGGACUGACCAAGAGGCCGGCUCCGGGGCUCGGGAGAGACCGCGAGAACCUCGCCUUCCUUAGGUUGAGGCCGGCGGGUGUCCUGAGGAAGUGUAAUUUGAGCAGAGCUCCCAGGUCACGUGGGGACGCCAGAAAGCCUUUGAUGAAAAAACUUGUUCAUGGUUUGAAGGACAGGCGUUCUUCUCGAACAGCGCUACCCAGUGAAGAAGACGGGGAGGGGCGGGGCCUGAGACCGAGGCCAGACGUCGACUCGGAAAUCUCCGGCCGAGGCUUGGCCAUCUCUCCAACUCCGGCUUCAGCCUCGAGCCCAGGACCCAUCCGGAAACAGCCGAGCGGAUCCGGAAACGGCCGAGAGGACCCGGAAGCGGUGAGCGCCGUCACCAGGGAGUGCGGGAACCCGCCGUUCGCGCGGAGGCGAUGGCGGCAGCUGCGCCGGCGGCCGCGGGCGAGGAUGACCGGCGGAGGCAGCCGGGAGCCGGUACGUGACGUGCUGGGUCCCCAGCCCCAGGAUGGGGCAGAAGUUGAAGCUGAGUCAGGGGAGCUCGGCCGGCUUCGGGCUGAGCUGGCAGGCGCCCUGGCAGAAAUGGAAACCAUGAAGGCCGUGGCCGAGGUGAGCGAGAGCACGAAGGCUGAGGCUGUGGCUGCAGUGCAGCGGCAAUGCCAAGAGGAGGUGGCCUCCCUGCAGGCCAUCCUGAAAGACUCCAUCAGCAGCUAUGAAGCCCAGAUCAGUUCUCUGAAGCAGGAGCGGCAGCAGCAACAGCAAGACUGUGAGGAGAAGGAGCGGGAGCUGGGGCGCCUGAAGCAGCUGUUGUCCCGGGCCCACCCCCUAGACUCCUUGGAGAAGCAGAUGGAAAAGGCCCACGAGGACUCGGAGAAGCUGCGGGAGAUCGUGCUGCCUAUGGAGCAAGAGAUUGAGGAGCUGAAGGCGAAACUGUUGAAGGCAGAGGAGCUGAUCCAGGAGAUCCAGAGACGUCCCCAGCAUCCCCCUUCCCUGCACGGCUCCACAGAGUUGCUCCUGUCCCGGGACCCAUCUCCUCCGCUGGAGCCUCUUGAGGAGCUGAGUGGAGAUGGCACAGCGGCCGAGGCCUUCGCCCACAACUGUGACGACAGUGCCUCCAUCUCCUCCUUCUCCCUGGGUGGUGGGGCUGGCAGCAGUGCCUCCCUGCCCCGUAGCCGCCAGGGCCUGAGCCCUGAGCAGGAAGAGACCGCCUCUCUGGUGUCCACGGGCACCCUGGUCCCUGAGGGCAUCUACCUGCCCCCUCCUGGUUACCAGCUUGUUCCAGACAACCAGUGGGAGCAGCUGCAGAUGGAGGGGCGGCAGCUUCAGAAGGACCUGGAAAGCAUCACCCGGGAGCGGGAUGAGCUGCAGGAGGGCCUGAGACGGAGCAACGAGGACUGCGCCAAGCAGAUGCAGGUGCUCCUGGCCCAGGUCCAGAACUCAGAGCAGCUGCUGCGGACCCUGCAGGGGACUGUGAGCCAGGCCCAGGAGCGGGUUCAGCUGCAGAUGGCAGAGCUGGCCACCUCCCACAAGUGCCUGAGCCACGAGGUAAAGCGGUUGACUGAGGAAAACCAAGGGCUUCGGGCUGAGCAGCCACCGUCUUCAGUCCCCCUGGAGCAGGAUGAGGGCCAGGAGGAGCCGCUGCCCAGCUCGCUGCCGGAGCUGCAGCAGCUGGUACGCCGCACGCGGCAGGAGGCGCGGGCCCAUCAGCAGGCCCGGGAGCACGAGGCUGAGCGCCUGCGGAUUGAGAUUGUGACGCUGCGGGAGGCGCUGGAGGAGGAGACAGCAGCGAGGGCCAGCCUGAAGGGGCAGCUGAGGGUGCAGCGUGAGGAGACAGAGGUGUUAGAGGCCUCCCUGUGCAGCCUGAGGAUGGAGAUGGAGCGGGUCCAGCAGGAGCAGAGCAAGUCCAGGCGGCAGGAAGUCCUAAGGCAGCCAUCAGGCUCAGGCCGCACAGAAGAGGCCCAGCUCACAGACCUCCUCUCGGAACAGAGGGCAAAAGUGCUGCGGCUGCAGGCUGAGUUGGAGACCAGUGAGCAGGUGCAGAGAGAUUUCGUACGACUGUCCCAGGCCCUGCAGGUGCGCCUGGAACGGAUCCGGCAGGCAGAGAGUUUGGAGCAAGUGCGUAGCAUCAUGGACGAGGCACCCCUCAGGGACAUCAGGGACAUCAAGGACACCUGAGGGGCUGGCACCCACCCACCCUGGAGGAGACUGCCCUUCUCCACUCCUGAACCAUGAGGCUGAGGCUCUGGGGGUCUCAGGAUGGAGACGUCUCUUUACCGUCUCCGAGCCUGAGAGGGUCCCUGUCCAUCACCUCCUCCUAGGGGUGGCUGGGCCUUCUGUGUCCAAGGAUGACACCUGGAUGAGGGUCCCAACGCCCUCUGGGAACCAAAGGGUUAGGCUCAGCCCUGCGGCUUUCUGGCUGCCAUGCUGCCUCCUGAGUCCCAGCCAGACUGACAGCCACACCUCCCCUCCCUGAGGUACAGCCAAGCUGUGAGUGGUGGCUGGGAGCCUUCGGCCGUGUCCCUCCAUAUAUGCUCCCUGGGACAGGCAGCUGCUUUCCAGACUGCGUGACACUAAGAUACUUGCUCCGAGGGGUCCCACGCAGGCCCAAGAUGGGCACGGAGACAAGGCCAGAGUUUUCUGUCAUUUAUUUUCAAUAAAUAAGCAGCUCAGCUCAA